ACCGUCACGAAUUCACUGUAUAGAUACUGAUAAAAAUAGUUUAUCAACUUUGCAAACAAAACAAUAAAAAUAAUGUGAAUGCAGGUUUUAUGUUAUUUCAAGGAAUGGCGUUUGCUCUCUUCGAUAUUAGUAACAGUGUCAAUAUAUUUUCUAUCUGGAUACUAGAGUGGAGUGGAACCUGUAUUAUUUUAUGCUAAAUAUUUUCUUUCUUUCUUUCUUUCUUUCUUUCUUUCUUUCUUUCUUUCUUUCUUUCUUUCUUUCUUUCUUUCUUUCUUUCUUUAAUUAUUAGAAAAAGCAUAGCAGUGAUUAGUAAAUCACUGCUUCUGAACUGAUCUAGCGGUUUUAAGUUUACUGCCUCCGUUGUUCUUGCUCCCAAGAGAGAUAUAAUUUCCGUGCGAAAUUCCUAUUGGCCAGGGCGCGAUCAGCUGGUUAUAUUUGCUGCUGUCCCUCUUGGCGUUUAGCCAUCUAGAAACAAACCACUUGGACUACUACAAGUACUGUGGUUACGGCUAGAUGUUCAAAUACAAAACAAUUCACAACUUUAGGCUUUACAGUGCAAAUGAAUUCUUAUUUUGUGAACAACGUAUUCCCUAUCACUUUGUCCAGUGGCCAGGAUUCUUUUCUGGGACAGAUCCCUUUGUAUACAAAUGGCUAUGACCCAUUAAAACACUUUCCAUCGUCCUAUGGACCCACUGUGAUACAAGACAAGACAACUCCGUCACCAAGUUAUUAUCAACAGUCAACCACAGUAUUUAAUUCAAGAGUUCAGUGUGAUUAUGGACCAACUUGCUUUUACCCUGAAAAGGAAACAUCAAGCGCUUUGCCUACAGGCAGUAUCAAGGAAAGGGCUUGCAGCGAACAUGUGCAGUGUAAUGCUGACCUGCAGUACAAAUCUUACUGUGCUGAAAAGAAAAUCUUAAAUAAUGAACUACUGGAACGGAGGCACGGUACUUCAGUUUACUCGUGGAUGCAACGAAUUAACUCAAGCGAUGAUUUAGGCCCCGUGUAUGGCUCAAAUGGAAGACGCGGAAGACAAACAUACACGCGAUAUCAAACUUUAGAACUUGAGAAAGAAUUUCAGUUUAAUCGUUAUUUAACUAGACGUCGUCGAAUUGAAAUAGCAAACGCAUUAUUUCUUAGUGAACGGCAGAUUAAAAUAUGGUUUCAAAACAGACGAAUGAAAUGGAAGAAAGAGAAUAAAUUAUUGACCGCUAGUCAGAUUAAUGGUGAGGAUACUCCUGAAAACCCAAGAGAGUAACUGUAGUUUCUACGGGAUCUUUUUUCUUUUUCUUUUUCUAUAAAUUUUGAUUAAUCAUAUGGCAGUAGAUAGAUAGAUAGAUAGAUAGAUAGAUAGAUAGAUAGAUAGAUAGAUAGAUAGAUAGAUAGAUAGAUAGAUAGAUAUUUGAAUGUACUUAUAUUUAUUUAGAAUUUCAGCCGUAAUAAUUCCAUAGCAAAGAAAAACAACAUCCGCUAAAAAUCAAUAUGCCCACUUGACAAUUAAUUAAAUUUUGCUCCUAAACAAUUAACACAAUUUUUGUUUACUAGUUUCAUUUUUAUUGCAAAAUGUAAGUUAUGCAAUUGUACAAAAAUGUAAGUUAUUAAAUUACAUACCGUUUAGUUAUGUUUUAGAAGUAACAGCAGUGGUUUAAUUCUAAAAGU